UUUCUCACAAACUAUGUGGAGAAUGAAUUUCAACCAUGUUGUGUAAUAAGUGAAGGAUAUUUUUUGUGAUUUUUGUUAUAUACCUAUAUUUCAAACGGUGUGGUGGUGAAUAUACAAGUAUUGGGAUGUCGAGCAAAUCAACGAUAAGAUUAACAGUGGUGGGUGAUGGUGAUACUGGAAAAACAUGUAUGCUCAUUGUUUAUAAGGAUAAAAAAUUUGAUGAGAGAUAUGUCCCCACAGUGUUUGAUGUUUAUUCCAUGGAUCUUGAAAUAAAUUCGACAACAUAUCGGAUCAUUUUGUCAGAUACUGCUGGUCAAGAAGAUUUCGGCAAACUCAGAACAUUUGCUUAUAAAGAUGUAGAUGCUUUUAUUCUUACUUAUGCUGUUGAUAGGAGAGCCUCAUAUGAAAAUGUAUUUCUAAAAUGGGCUCCCGAAUUGAAAAGAUUUGCACCCAAAGCCAAAAUAAUUGUAGCAGCGACCAAAACUGAUCUGAGGACUAAACAAAACGACCUACAACCAGAAGAUGGAGAAAUGUUAGCUAGAGAUAUAGGAGCUAAUGGUUUCAUUGAAACUUCGUCCAAACUCAUGAAUAAUGUUGAUAAAGCUUUCGAAAUGGCAAUAUCAGCUGUCUUAUACAAUAAGAAUUUCCUAAGAAACAGAAGAAGGCGAUCAUCACAAUGUACAUGUUUAUAAAUUAAUUGAAGGGGAAGGUACUUGAUAUUGAUCGAACUGUUGUACAUAUACCUAAUAUUAAAAAUCCACCUACUAUAUAUAGUACUAUACCUGACUGAUAUACGGCAGUUAAGGGCACUGCUGUAACUUCUGAAUCAUUCUAGAUCGGAAAGUACACGAAAGGCCUGUUCGUUUGUGCUUGCUCUACUGCUGAACUUCAUUUUCUCUAUGACUUUCUCUGUUUAUGGAAAAAAAUCAGUUUCAGCAAGUUCAACAUUACAAACGAAUAGACAUCAAAGAGGGUUAAAUUGGCGUACAACCUCCAAAAGUGUAUCACCUCGUAGAUAAUCGAAAUCGCCUAAUAGCCCAAAAUAUUGAGUUUUUGAAGAGUAAUAGACAUACCAAAUUUCAAUUCAUUAUUUUGAAAAUCGUAGAUGAAAACUAGAAAAACAUUGAGAAAAUCUCCAACUUUUACUCCCUGUAGUGUCCUAUUUAAGAAUUAAAAGUUGGGGUUGCUACCCACCAAGACCCCGAAUGAUUCAGAAAGUUACAGCACUGACCGUUUUUGUGGUCUUCUCAGUAUAACUUUAAUUAUGUUGAAUUCCAAAAUCAUUUCAUCACAAUUAUAAACCAAUACAGAAAAAAAACCUAUGCCGUCUCAUUUUAUUUCACUCAAAAGUCGCAACAUCCAAUCAGAAUGUGGUUCUAAAAACGACCGCAUGCGCCUAACAAAGUUAUCUGAAUGAAAAGGCCUAUAAUAUUUUGAAAUUAGUGUGAGUAUAUUGAUGAAAUUGGUUAAGAGAACAUUCUAUGCAACAGACCCUUAGGCGUUAAUGGGUGUUAAAUGGCUUCAAUAUCCAACACAGAUAUAGUAUCGAGAGCUUUAUCUGAGUUUAUCAGGCUGGUUAUGUUGGCACUGAAAUAAUCUUCUAUAGAAACCGGCUUCAUACCUCCGAAGUAGUCAAGAACUUCUAUCUGUUGCAAAUUAACUUUUGCAACGUAGAAUGCGUGAUCUGAAAGACAUUAAUGAAUGUUUAAUUUUUCGCCCUAAAUUGACUUAUUUUUCCACAUUUGUGUGAUAAGAAAUAGUAAUUAUUGGUGAUAACAUUACACGAACUCACUUUUUGGCCAGUAUCUCAUUGAUGGAUGUCUUUCAAAGAGUGAUUGUUCUCCAAAUUUAUUUUCAGGUGAUGAUUUAUUUAUCUGAAAGA